AUAGACUUUCGCACAAAUAUAAUACCUUAAAAAGUAAAUGAUUAUUUAAAUGAAGAAAAUUUUCAUUUUGAUGAUUUUAUUUUUCAAAAAAGAUACCAAUAUAGAUCUGCAUUGGAUAAAUUCAAUGAACAAUAAUUAGUUACUAACUAGUAUGCCUUUAUAUAAAUGAACAAUGAAUGAACACAAAACACACACACACAAAGAUAAAGUUUGGUCUAUUUAUUGAAAUUGUGUGAUCAGAUUUGAAAAGCCUAAACUAACUUAUUGGUAUAUUCUAACACAAAUGAUACCUUAUUUACUACUACUACUACUACACAUUAAAUCAAGUUUUUAUUAGAGAGAAAUAUUGAUUGAGGUCAAUUAAGUAACUUUUUUUGGAAUGAUACCAAUUAGAUAAUUGAACUUAUAAUUGAUAUCAUACAGUCCUAUUAUGGAUCUAUCUAUGAAUAAUGAAGAGUGCUGUGAAUAUAAUUUAUGGUGAUGAAAUUCAAUUGAAACCAUAUGAUCAUCAUUUGACUUUCAUGAAUCUGGAGUACAUCCAACGAUAACAGCAACAACAACAAAAACUGUUCACAUCACAAUGACAGUGUUAAUGAUGAUGAUAAUAAUAAUAAUAAUAAUAAUAAUAAUGAUCCAUCUGAUGAUGUAACACAGUGAAAUGCAAACAACUACGAAAUGACCCUACCUAUCUCAUUCUUACCUGUCGAUCAUCAUGAUACUACCAUAGUUACCAACGAUCAUAAAAUUAUGAAAUCUUUAAGUGAUUAUUAUAUAAAUGAAAAUAAACGAAAAUUUCAUUCAAAUUUACAAACAAAUUUCAGUGAAUUCACUUGUUUCUCACAAAUAAUUAAACAAACUAAUCCAUUAGCUCAUAAUUCUAAUCAAAAUACUAAAAUAUUUACAUCAAAUAAAGAUAAUCUGAUAUUAUCCCAACAUGAAAAUCAACAAAUAAUACAAUCUCCGCAAUAUAAUUAUAUGCCAAGAUUGAAUAAAAUGCCUAGAGAUUUAAGAAGUAAUCACAACUGUCUAAAACAGCUAAUAAACUCAAAUAGUCCACAGCCAUUCGACAGUAGCCAAAUCAUGUCUCCUGAAGAUACUCAAUUUAGCGUAUCAAUGCCAACACACUCAUCAAACAUAUCCGAUUUUCCAGACAGUAAACUAUUUCACAAUCAUACAACUGAUCAUACAGAUCUACCGGUUACAACAGAUGGAUCUUUUGAAGCAUUUAAAAUAUUGAACAAUCCUUUAGAUAAUAAUUACACUCCAACUGAAGAUCAUAUGCAAUAUCGUUCAUUACAUGAUACAAUACAAGAUGGGAAAUUUCCAUAUACAAAAAUGAAUUCACAAACAAUCCCUGAUAAUGCAUCUAAUAAUCGUAUUCAACCUACAAAUAUUGAGAAGAAUUACAAUCAAGUCAAUAGUACAAUGAGUAAAAAACAAACAUUAACGAAUUUUGAUGAAUUUCCACCAACUCCUGGUGGUUCAUUUAGUCAACGUGGAAAAAUAAGUGGUGCCAAACUUUCUUUUCAUCAUAUUUCCUACGAAGUAAAAAUUCAAAAGACACUAUGUAGUAAACCAGUGAUAAAGACAAUACUUGAUGAUGUAAGUGGAAUUCUUAGGCCCGGAAUGAAUGCCCUUAUGGGACCAACUGGAAGUGGAAAAUCUUCGCUUUUAGAUGUGUUAGCUGGUCGUAAAGAUCCAAAAUUUCUUUCUGGAAAAGUUUUAAUUGACGGUAGACCUCAGCCGAAAAACUUCAAGUGUAUUUCCGGUUAUGUUGUUCAGGAUGAUAUUGUAAUGGGAACCCUAACAGUAAGGGAGAAUUUAAGUUUUUCGGCAGCCCUACGAAUGACUAUGCAUUAUACAACAGAAGAACGAAAUCAAAAAGUCAACGAUAUCAUUGAUGAGUUGGGUUUAAAUGCUGUAGCGGAUAGUAAGGUUGGGACUGAAUUAGUUCGUGGAGUAUCAGGUGGUGAACGUAAAAGAACUAGUAUUGGUAUGGAACUUAUUACGGAGCCGCCAGUGUUAUUUUUAGAUGAACCAACUACUGGUUUAGAUGCAUAUAUGGCAGGCCAAGUCGUAAAAACACUUAAAGCUUUAGCCAAACGUGGUCGUACCAUUAUAUUUUCUAUACAUCAACCUAAAUAUUCAAUAUACAAAUUAUUUGAUACGUUAACUUUAAUCUAUCGAGGUCAAAUAAUUUAUCAUGGAUUGGCAAAAAAGGAACCGAUUCGUUAUUUUGGUCGCUUGGGUUAUGUUUGUGAAAAUCAUAAUAAUCCACCAGAUUUUUUUAUGGAUGUUAUACAUGGUGAAUGUUUGCGUCAAAACGGAAAUACGUCAGAUGUCCAAAUUGUGGAUCAUCAUGAUACUCAAGAAAGAAUGCAUUUAGUUGGACAACAACUUAUUCAAGACUGGCAAACUUCAGAAAUGGCUCAACAUGUACUGGAAGAAGUUAGCUCAAUUGCUAAUCGAUUGGAAAAAUAUGAAAAUGGUUCAAAAAAGAGUAAAGAUAAAGCUGUAGAUAUAUCAUUUGCUGCAUCAUAUUUCCGACAACUUAACAAAGUGUGUUGGAGAUCAAUAUUGAAUCUAUUACGUGAUCCUUUAGCAUCAGUGAUACAAACUAUUGUUUAUUUAUUUUUUGCAUUAUCUAUGGGUAUAGUUUAUUUUCAAAUGAAUGAUUCUUUAGAAUCUGGUAUACAAAAUCGUACUGGGUUAUUUUAUUUUUGCACAUUACAAGUAAUAUUUGUAAAUUUGGCUACAAUUGAAUUAUUUAUUAAAGAACGUGUACUUUUUAUACAUGAAAGUUCAAGUGGUUACUAUCAAGUCUCAGUAUAUUUUUUUUCUAAAAUUAUUUGUGAUAUAAUACCAACUAAAGUACUACCUAUAUUAUUGUUUAUGCCAAUCUGUUAUUGGAUGGCUGGUUUACAAAAAACAUUUGGUGCUUUCAUGUUUUUUGAAUUAAUUCUAUGCCUUACAACGUUAGCCGCUGCUGCAAUUGCUUUGUUUAUAUCAGCAAGUAUUACAGUCUUUGGAUUAGCUAACGCUAUAAUAUCAAUUAUUUAUGUAUUUAUGAUGGCUUUUUCUGGUUUCUUAAUCAAUUUAAAAUCUAUGGCUGUUUGGCUUAGUUGGCUUCGUUACUUUUCUAUAUUUCGUUACAGUAUGGGUGGUUUACUGGCUAUGGAAAUGAAAACACUUCGAUUUUGUCCUAUGGAUAAUUCGAAUACAACAAUUAAUAGACAAUGGUAUAAUAAUUUAUUCUUUGUUGUUUUACAUUAUCAUUGGUCUGCCUAAAAGAUUAAGGAAUCAAGUGUAGCUAAAUUUUCUACUAAGCUCUCGUCAUUUUACCAGACAUUUACUGUUUUGAGUAUUCUUAUAAACCGAAAUUAGGAAUUGGAUAGAGUAAUUAUAAAUUUCUUCAAGUCUUAAUGUUUUGGGGUUUAAAUUUCCUUCACUUCAGCUAAUUGUUCUUAUGUUAUCGUUCUUUAUGUUGACUAUAUUAAUCCCACUAUCUCCUCAAUUAACCCGCUUACUUUUAUUAUGCUUUUUAAUCAAUUUAUUUCUAAGGACAGUUCAAGUUAGUUUAUAGUAUACGCUUCAUGUAUGCAUAAUAAUGAUUCACUUUCAGUUAUAUGUGUUGAUUUGAUUUCAUGUAAUUGUAGCUUUCUUUUACCACUAGAUCAUCAAAAAAUAAUCCACUUCUGCACUCGUUGAGAUAAGCAUUAAGAAUUAGUUCUCAUUAGUGAUGUGGAAAUAUGUAUGAUUCAUAAACAUGUUCCAUUGUUUAACUCUGAUCAUUGUAUUAUUCGUGUUCGGCCUAAAGUAUAUGGCAAGCAUGAAAAGAGUACAUUUACUUUAGACAAAGAAGGUUAAAUACAGGAAUUACUCAGAAUAAAAUAUCCAAGAUGUGAAAAAUCAUCUUUUGUAUGAAAAACUAGGAUAUUUUCACAAAUGACUCACUGGCAAACACUAUUGAUGUUGCCACUUGUUAUUUAAAAUUCUCCUUUGAUGUUUGUAAUCGAAUUGAAUAUAUUUUUAUAAGUUUUGAUCGACAUAUCUCCACAACUAAAACGAUCACGGAGGAAAAAAUGAAAAAAAUGUACAAGAAAGACCCCCACCGAAGUUCGAAAGCCGUGUAGUUUAAUCAGCCAAAAAAUUAAAUAUCUGAAUUGGAUGUUUAGUCAGACACUCCGAUCUUGUAAAAACUCUCCAAAGAGCUGAUAAGUGGUAGAUGCUUUGGCGAUGAUACCCAGCUGAAUGUUCGUGACCUAAUUGAGCUUUUUGCAUAUCAAUCAUCUGACAUCGUGGUUUCUAUAACCAUAAUUUUGAAGAAGUGUUGUUUCAUUUCCACUGAAAUUGAUGCCUGAAAAUAUAUCGAGUCAAUUGACUCGAUCCAGCGUUUAGAACCUGGAGAAAUCCCAAACCUAAUUUUUAAGAAGUGUGCUGACUUUCUGUGUUAUUCAUUCAUGAAUAUCUCUAACGAAUCCUUUUCAAAAAUGUCAAGAUGAAGAUUAUUUCAAUACCAAAAAAAGUGUCUGGCUACAUGAAUGUAAAAUGUAGACUCAUAGCAAUAACCUCACCUUUUUUAAAAAAAGGAAAUGCUAUUGCUACUCAAACUUCACUUUGAAAUAAAGGAGCAUACUAAAACAUAUCAGUCCGCUUACGAGACUAUGUCCCUGCCUUUGAUUCUGUUCCAAGACCACAACUUCUAAACACGUUUGCCAGCGUCAAUACUAUCAGCUGGAUAACUGACUGGUUGUGUUCUUACUUCUAUGAAUAAAACAGUAUACUGUGCCGACAGGGAAGAGUUCUACAUCCUUAAUAACUCAAAAAAGCAUGUCACAAAGAACUGUCCUUUCCCCUUUAUUCUCCAUGAUCUAUCAUCUACAAAAUGCACGCUCGUUAAGUCUUCAGACGGUCUCACUGUAUGUACGUCAAUUUCUGACUCUUCAGAUCCUGUUUGGAAUGCGUUUUUGUUGCUCAUUGAACGGUGGCCUGUCUUUGAUAGUUCCAUACUCAAUCCUUCUAAACGUCAAACUGUUAAUUUCAGCCUAAAAAUGAACAGCACUUAGGGACGUCGUUGAAAUCCUAUAAAGUUUGUACUAUCGAGCUUUUUCCUUUGAUCUCUCUUUGUCUUCUUAGGUUUUAUUGAUAUCAAAUAAAGUUUCUAGUGUAGCUUAUUAUUUUAAGCAGCUACAUGUUUUUACAUCACUUGGCAUUUACUUUUACGACUCAUGAAUCCUUGGAUAUUACCUGUUCUUCUUUACUGGGCUUUUGAGAAAAGAUUUUGCUGCUUUACAACGAGUACUUAAGACGAUUCGCAUGGUGUGUAUUGAAUUUUUUUGGGUCAUCAUGAAUAUGGUUGUGGAUAGAAAAAUCCUGCAAACUCCUAGAAAGUUUUAUCUUGUUAAAUACUAGCCAUCCAAUUUAUUUACGUCUUUCUCUGUGUAUAUUUUCUGGUAAAAACGAGACGCUAAUACAUUAGCAUUCAUUUACGUAAGCAAAGGCAUAAAAGUCCUAUAAUACCUUGUCUGAAAGUUACUACAAGUUAUAUGUAACUUCCAAAGACAUGAUUUACAUGCAUUACGUCUUAUGAAUAAAGUAUAUAUAAUUAGAAUUUAUGCACAACGUUUGAAGUGUCUUAACACCAGUUAUUUUUCGAAUGUAUUUAGACAGAAUGUGUACAUAAUAUGACACUCGAUAUAUGCAAUGAUGAAUUCAAUCUCAUCUCACUGAUACAAAUUCCAUAGGCUAUUAUUCUUGUUUUAUUUAUGCAAUCUUUUAAGCAAAAAUCAAAACAACCAUUAACAGUGGAAUGAGAAAUCAAUCAAAAAUUGCUAUACUGUUACACUUGGUUCCUUACUGCUUAGUAUUAAUGUUUAAAAUGUAUCCGUUAUGAGUAAUUUUAGUUGCAACUAAGCAUCUUAGAAAUUUAUAGGAGUAAAAGUGCUUAAAAUACCUUAUGUGAUUAAAUUAAGUAACUAUGUUGAUUUAUGUACUUUCCCUCAUUUCAUAACCCUCUUUACAGUCAAAAUGGCACGACCUAUUUG